CGCCUUAAGAAUGCCCACCACCACGUACGAUACGAUGCGACGCGAGCUAGCUGUCUCGCUAGCUUCUUCAUUGGCGUUUGGCCGGCCGCGUUUGCUCUCGCUCGCACGAAGCCAUGGGGAUCUGUAUGUCGUCCGUGGCCGUGUGGAAGGAGAAGGUCGUCCUCGCGGGGCGGCGGCGCGGCGAGGUGGUUCUUGCCGGCGCGGAGGACGUGCGGGGAGGAGGAGGCGGCGGCGGCGGCGGGUACGGGCUUCUGGGAGGUGGCAUUGACGCCGAUGUGCUGGAGGCGGAGGAAUUAGUGGCGGCGGCGCGGAAGGUGGUGAGGUCCGGGGCGGAGGCAACGGCGGGCGCCGGUGGCACGCCGGCGAGGCCGAUAUGGCAGAGGAAGGUGCUGAUGGGCGUCAAGUGCCAGCUCCCGCGGUUCAGCGGGAUGAUACUGUACGACGAGCGCGGCCGGCCGGUGUGCAGCGGCGUCCGGGACAGGGCGCGCGACCAGGAGAAGCACGCGGCGGCGAUCAUGGUGCUGAGGGACAUGCUCUAGGCCUUCUAGGGCUCUAGCUUGACGGCUGGCCGGUCAUCCCGGUGCUUCCUGUGUUUCAGUUAAUUAACCGAACGAUAUGUGUGUGUACAUCUUUUGUUUCGUUGGUUGUCCAGCCGGGCCAACUGCGUGUCUCAGUGUAGUCACUAGUCAGUAUAGCUAGUAGUAUUCAGGGAGGUACUGAGGCACCGAGAGGCAAUAAAUUAACGAAGGUCGCGCGUUCGUCAGGUA